AUGAAGUCUGUUCUCAUGCUGCUCUUCGUGCUGGUGCUCGCGGCAAUUUGCCGCGCCGACAUGGGCAUGAAGACGAAGCGAGCCUACGCAUUAGGAUACGCACACGCUCCCGUGUACGCCGCUCACGCGCCCGUUGUGCAUCACGCCGUGGCCGCAGCUCCGCUGGCAUAUCACGCGCCUGUCGCCAAGUAUGCCACCACCUCCUAUGUCGCCUCUUCCAUCAAUCAUGCCCCCAUCAUCGCCGCUGCCCACACUCCAAUCGUGGCGCACGCUCCUGUUGUCCAUGCUGCUCCAGUCGUUGCCCAUGCGACGCCUGUGGUUAGCCACACUUCACUCUACCACCACCACGAUCCUUACCUAACUAGCCUCCACCACCCCCUGCCCUAUUACUACCAUCGCCGCUGA